GGCAGCGGCAGCGGAGGAGCAGCCAGCCGGACCGGAAGGGUCGAAGCGCCCCGGCGCCCCUCACACCCACUGCGGCGGCGACGGGGCGGAGCGGGGCGGGGCGGCCGAACCCCGGGCAGCGGAGCCGGGAGCGGCCAGCCUGCAGUGCCGCCAGUCCGCCCGCCCGCUCUCUCCCCGUGGCGCGGCGGCGGGGAGGCGAGGACUGUGACAACAAUACCAGCUCCUUGGAAUAUUUUAUGACACUACAUCAUGAGUGACAGUAAAUGUGGAUAGUCAGUUUUACAGUGUGCAAGUAGCAGACUCAACUUUCACCGUCCUAAAACGUUACCAACAGUUGAAACCAAUUGGCUCUGGAGCCCAAGGAAUUGUUUGUGCCGCUUUGAUACAGUUCUUGGGAUAAAUGUUGCAGUCAAGAAACUAAGUCGUCCUUUUCAGAAUCAAACUCAUUGCAAAGAGAGCUUAUCGUGAACUCGUACUCCUAAAAUGUGUCAAUCAUAAAAAUAUAAUUAGUUUGUUAAAUGUGUUUACACCACAAAAAACUCUAGAGGAAUUUCAAGAUGUGUAUCUGGUUAUGGAAUUAAUGGAUGCUAACUUAUGUCAGGUUAUUCAUAUGGAGUUGGAUCAUGAAAGAAUGUCCUACCUUCUUUACCAGAUGCUCUGUGGUAUUAAACACCUGCAUUCAGCUGGUAUCAUUCAUAGAGACUUGAAGCCUAGCAACAUCGUGGUAAAAUCAGACUGCACUCUUAAGAUCCUUGACUUUGGCCUGGCCCGGACAGCAUGCACCAACUUUAUGAUGACCCCCUAUGUGGUAACUCGGUAUUAUCGGGCCCCGGAAGUUAUCCUGGGCAUGGGCUACAAAGAGAACGUUGAUAUCUGGUCAGUGGGUUGCAUCAUGGGAGAGCUGGUGAAAGGUUGUGUGAUAUUCCAAGGCACUGACCAUAUUGAUCAGUGGAAUAAAGUCAUUGAGCAGCUAGGAACACCAUCUGCAGAGUUCAUGAAGAAACUUCAGCCAACUGUGAGGAAUUAUGUAGAAAACAGACCAAAGUAUCCUGGAAUCAAGUUUGAAGAACUCUUUCCAGAUUGGAUAUUUCCGUCAGAAUCUGAGCGGGACAAAAUAAAAACAAGUCAAGCGAGAGAUCUGUUGUCAAAAAUGUUAGUGAUUGAUCCUGACAAGCGGAUCUCUGUAGAUGAAGCCUUGCGUCAUCCAUAUAUUACUGUUUGGUAUGACCCUGCUGAAGCAGAAGCACCACCACCUCAAAUUUACGAUGCCCAGUUGGAAGAACGAGAACAUGCAAUUGAAGAGUGGAAAGAGCUAAUUUACAAAGAAGUAAUGGAUUGGGAAGAAAGAAGCAAGAAUGGCGUUGUAAAAGAUCAGCCUUCAGCACAGAUGCAGCAGUAAGUAGCAACGCCACUCCUUCUCAGUCGUCAUCAAUCAAUGACAUUUCAUCCAUGUCCACUGAGCAGACCCUGGCCUCAGACACAGACAGCAGUCUCGAUGCCUCAACGGGACCCCUUGAAGGUUGUCGAUGAUACCUUGGAAACAGAAAACUGUCAUCAGUGAAGGAAUGCUCACCUCCAUGCUCCCAAAAUGUGUGGAAGUUGAUGGAACCAAAUAGAAAACUCCAUGUUCUGCAUGUAAGAAACACGAUGCCUUGCCCCUACUCAGUUCUCAUAGGAUUGCCUGUUUAGAUUAUAAAAUGAAGCAGAUUAUGUCUGAAGAAAAAAGUGCAAGCCACACUUUUAGAGAUUUUGUUCAAGAUCAUUUCAGGUGAGCAAUUAAAAUAGAUGACUUCUUCACAAGUUGUGUGGUAAUAGUGGUGACAAUUUCCCAUCAUCCGUAACUGUUGGGACUUAAUGCAUGUGACCACAAAUGCUUGCUUGGACUUGCCCAUCUAGCACUUUGGAGAUCAGUAUUUAAAUGCCAAAUAAUCUUCCAGGUAGUGCUGCUUCUAGAAUGACCUCUUAAUCCUCUUAAGUAAUGUGGCAUUUGUCCAGAAAAAAAGAUUUAUGUAUAAUUAAUUGGCCACCAUCAUAUUAUCAUAUCUUAUCCUCUUUUAUGAUAUGAUUUAUUCUAUCUUUUGUAUUUCAGAAGAAAUAUAAUUAAAUCUAUUUAAUAAAUAAAAGUUUAGCUUUUCUUAAAUUUGUGAUGUUUUUGGCUGAGAAUUAUCACUGCUAAAACCAAGACAUUUAUACAGACACUGUUUCCUCUAAAAUUGUCUAGUGUGGGAUGAUUCAGCUUUACUGCAUGAUAAAAUUUUCAGUUUUAUGUGGCUUAAGACAUAUAUAUAUAUAUAUAUACCUUCAAAAUACUGUCUACAUUCUCUUUUUUUCUUGGUCUUCUGAACUUCUUAUAACCUUAAUUUCACCUUCUUUGUCAGACACCUAACACUCUCUCUCAGUAAUAUGCUGGCAAAUAGAUUCCUGAAUCCAGUGUUAGAGUAGAACUUUACAAAAUUGUCUCUCAAGAUCCGCCAUUUACAAAUGCUUCCUUUUCUAGAGCCUGGCCUGGGUCUUCUGCUUACUCCCCCUCAUUUGAGGUGAGAUACAAGGUGAUCUCACAAGACAGUGUGUCCUUUUGCCAACACCACAUUAUAACUCAGUUCUCUUUCUCCCUGAAAGAAGCCAGGCCAAGCCCCCAUGGUAUGUGGUAGGCCAAGCUGACUCAGAAUGCCUGUUUGCUGCUGUUUUCCAUUUUGUGGAAGCAUUUCCUUUUCCUAAGGGAAAGCCAUGAAUGUUCUGGGGAAAUUCUUCAGAGGGAUAUGGAGGAAAAACCCUAGAGAGUAGUGAUUCACUCUUCAACAUUUUCUGCUCACCUAAACUGCUCACCUGAAAUUGAUACUUUCAGACUUCCUGAUGUGUAAAUUUUUCAAAAUUAAUUAAGAUACUGAGUAUUUGUGUGUCAUGCAGAAAUGGAGUUCCAGUGGUCACAUUUCGGCUACCUGUGUUCGGAAUGUUUUCUCCCCUUGAGCUUACUUUGUUACCAGUUCAUAUCUUAUGUUCAAUUAUUUUGAAAGCUAUUUGGUCAGCAUUCUAUAGACUGUGUUCUAAGGAGGAACUUUGAUAAGAAAGUUUAUCAUAAGUAUUAUCUGGAAUGUCUGAAAUAUGUGAUUCUCUCUGUACCAAUUGUAUCAUAAUGGUUGGUCUUAUUACUGGAAACUGGAACCCUUGAUGAACAAAAUUAAUCUUAAAAUAAGAAAUAGUUUUAUAUCAUGCCAUUUGGACACUUUCAAGUACAAAGUGGAAGUGGUAACUUUAUUGGAGACAGAAACAACUAUUACAUGGCUUAGGAUUACUUUAGUCCUGGAAGGCUGAUGUUAUAGUUAAGAAAGUUGUCACUAUACAUACAUAAACAUCUUAUAAUGGCCUUCUCACUAAUACACAUUAUUUUAAGCCUUCACUAAAUCUAUUUUUAAAAGGAAAAGCAAUGGGGAGUAUUGUAAACUGUGUUAUCUGCCCUACGCUCUAUAAAUGCAGCAUCCUGAUGAUGAGGGCUCGUCCAGGUCCCACUUACGAGGAGACAUCUAUAAGUGGACGAGGUGCAGAGUGGCUUUCUGCAAACCUAUUCUCUCUGUGUGUCCUGUGAGCCUAUUGUCACAGAUGGUGCCCGUGCUACUGUGGAAGGUCCUGUCAGGUAGGCAAGUGCACUUGGGAUUGUCUGCAGAGCUCCACAGAAAUACCUCACCCUAGUUUCAGGGUCCUUCCUCCUGAGCCUACAUUUGCCAGGGUCCUGAGGCAAUCAGAUGGUUUCAAGCUGACCUCUGUGGAUAAACGCGGAUGUUGGAUAAAGAACUGAAAAAUGUGCUCACCUUUUUCAUCUUUUCUAUUUUAUUUUUGUAAUUUAUAUUGUACACACCCUGGAAGUAACUAUUUUGGACAAAUAUUUUUAUAAACCAGGUAAUUGAUGAUUAUCUGGAAUUUGAACUAGAUUUGUUUCUUUUGUGGCUUAGUUUUGGUCAAAAAAGAAAUGACCGUCUCCCCUAUGUGCGGGUCUCAAUUUCAAGCUCAGGUUCUAGAGUCCUGUCAGGAUAGGAGAGCAGUCUAGGAACACUGGCUGCACGGUCCAACAGUCAUGGCCUGCAGAUGGAGCCAGCUCUGCUCUUAUCUUUGGAACACAAAACUCAGAGCCCCUGUUCUGAAGGAGAAAUCCCUGAGAGCCCCUUGCUGGUACCAGGGUCCAGAUGAGAAACACUGAAUGGGACACUGGUUGACCGAACUGAAUGCUGUGUACGUCAUGAUAACAGUGUUUGAGUUCAUCUGGUUGAUUUCUGGUGACACACCUUUGGUAUUUCAUACUGGUAGUAAAUAUCUCAAAAGUAACAUUGCCUAAUGUUUUAUAAUAAAAGAUAUGUGUGUUUGAUGGUAAAAUAUAAUACAGACUACAUUUGAAAAGAGAAAUGUAUAGCAUGUCCAAUUUUUGUGUGUUUUUAGUAGCAAUUGACUGUAUCUUUCUACAUCACCAUCUCUGAUUACAGACUUAACAUGAAUGUGAGUAGAUAUUGGAGUGCUAUGA